AUGAGCGACGGAGAGGACUAUAACGAAGAUGACUACUAUGAAGGUGAAGAAGAAUAUUACGAUGAUGGAGGAAAUAUUGAAGAGGAGCAUAAUGAUAAUCUUGAAUUGCCUUCCUAGUUAGUUAAAAAAUAAAGUAGUGUUGCAACUCAUAAGAAUGUCGAAUUCGUUUUGAAGAAUGAGAUUAUUAGCAGAAUUGAGAAAUCUAUUGAAGCUGUCUAAAAUGAAUAAGGUAUUUCUAGUGGAAGAGCGCUCUUUUUGCUUAAAGCCUGCAAAUACAAUGUUUAGGAUACUUAAAAUAUUCCUCAUAAGAUCAUGGAUGACAUAUACUUUAGUGAGACCAAAGAAGCUACAGAGAAUAAGAACAAGAAUACCUGUUUGUAAUGCCAAAAAGAAUUGGACAAAACUGCAUUUAAUCUUGAAUGCAGCCAUCGUUAUUGCAUGUAAUGUGCAGAAAAUUACAUAACAGAGUAAUUUAAGCAUUAAGAGGAUGAAAAUAGAGUGUGUUGUAAAUGUCCCUUCGCUUCUUGUAAAGAAAGAUUCGGCUUUUAAGAUUUCAAGAAGUUAUUAGAUGAGUAGGCAUUCAAAGAUUAUUGCAAGUUCUUGGAAGAUGAUGCUUUAAAAAUUGCAGAUUAUAUUAUUAGAUGCCCUUCAAGUGAUUGCAUGUACGUUAUCGUUUAGAUAGAUUAACUUUCUCUCAAAUAAUCUGCUAAGAGCAUGCGUUGUUAAUGCAGAACUUUGUUUUGUAGUUCAUGUGGUAGCAAUGCUCACGAACCUUUAAAGUGCAGUACUGUGAAGAUAUUUAACUAAUUAGAAUAAGAAUAAAAUUAAAUUAGGACAUUGAAAGAAAAGGAAAAUUUGUAUGUAAAUAAAAAAAAAACAUUUGAAUAUUCAAGUUUUUCACAUUCUUCUGACUUUUGUCCAAAUGGAUGUCCUAAAUUCCUAGUUGAAAAAAAAGAUAAUCCUAAAGUUAAGCAGUGCCCAUUCUGCGAAGGUAAUUUUUGCAUAGAUUGUAAAUAAUUGUAUCCUUGCAAGUGUGUUGAGAAAGAAGAAUCUAAAGAAUCUAUGAUGGAGGCAGAAAAUGAUAAUCAAAAAAGCAAUGAAAAGUAAGUUGAAUUACCUACUGUUGUUGACUAUAUCUUACCUUUAAUGAAUACUUUUACUGCAUGCAAAGAUAAUUUACUUUAUGUCAAAGUUGCUAAGAGAAAAAUUUCUGCUUAUCUCCAAAAUACUUUGAAAUUUGUAUCUGAAAAAGGAAAAUAUGAAUCAGAAUUGAACUUUGUUCAUUCUUCUUUAGAUGUCCUAGAAGAUCUUUUGCUCUUCAUAGGUCACGCCAAUUUAUUCAUCAAAAUAGGCGCAUCAAGCAAGGGUGAUUUGCUUAAAUUUUAACUCGAUGAAUUAUAAAAUCAAUAUGAAUAGCUUAAAGAAGCUCUCACAAAAGAUUAUAACUAGUUUUACAAAGAUCUAAAACCUGAUGAUAUCUUUGGAGCUAGAUUCUAAAAUCUCAAAGAACAAGUAUUAGCAAUUUGUACCAAGGUUAAUAGAAAUCAAUCAAGCUGCGCAUCAGAUUUCAUUGGAGUCAAUUUAAAUGAUGGAAAUUUCGAAGCAUACUUCAAAAUCUAUUAAAAAGAAUCCCCUUAAGCUUUAGCUACUAUAAAGAAGGAAUAAGAAAGAAUAGAUAGCGAAAACAAAGCUAGAAAUAGUAAGUUCGGAAUGAUGGGAUUCGGAGACUUCGGAGGUGAUAUGAUGAGAGGAGGAAGAAUGCAUUAAUAUGGUGGUGGUCAUGAUUAUCAUCCUAGAGGAGGUGGUUAUUAAAACAGAGGCAUGCCAAGAUAGAAAUAAUAAUAAGACUCAGAUGAUGAUGAAGAUCACUAUCCAAGAGGUGGCCGUUAACAUAUGUAGAGUAAUAUGGAUGAUAGCGAUGAUGAUGCUGACAAAAUCUAUAGUUAAAUUAUGGAAACUCCCUAAUAAAAAUUAUUGAAAUUAUUGAGUUUAGUUUAACUAAAAUUCCCAAGAUACUUUGAAGAAGUUAGAAAAUAAAAGACCUAUAUUGAUGCUUUCAAUAAAUUAGAAGAGUUAAAGAAAAAGGAUGAACCUAUUUAUAAAUCAGAUAAUAUCCUAGUAAUUCUUCCUAAAGGCAUCAGAAUUAUCAAUCAUGCAUAUGUAAUGAAUUUAGAGCAAGAAAACAUUUAAAAUAACAAAGUUCUUCAAGAAAUUAUCAACUAAUAUAAAGACAUCUUCAAAGCCUUUGAUGAUAAAAUGUCUAAAAUAAAAGAAGUGACCCCUUGGAAUGCUUAAUUCUUUGAUUACUUUGAGUUUUUGAUUAUGAAUGAGUACAAAAAAUUGAAACCUAACGAAGAAGCUUAAGUAGAAGAAACUUGUAUUGCCUGUAAGAAACCAUUAUAUCCUCUUGAUGAUGAGCAAUUUGCUACUAAAAUCUUAUCAAGCUCUAAAAAUAUAUCUGACACAGAUGUAAUUAUAAUUUAAGACUGUUAGCAUCCAAUCCACGUUGGUUGUUAUAAACCUCUUGUUACACCAUAAGUCUAUUAUAAAUGUCCUUGCUCAUUAGAAUAUUUUAGACCUAUAGGUAAAAGUAUUUAAGCAUUUGUUAAGGAUCAAGAAGAUUACUAAUAUGUAGAAAUAAUAUACAGAAUUCCAAAUUAAACUAUUAAUAAUGUCUAAAUUAAAGCCUAGAAUAUUAUAGCUUAUCUUUAUCCUUAUGAUGAAACCUAAUCUCAAUUAAUAUACAAUUGUUAUAAUUGUUAUGUAGAAGCUUUUAACAGGGGAAUAACUUUUGAUUUUUCUGAAGAUGGUAAGGUUUAGUUCAGAAUUUAUCACCAAACCGUUGCUCCUCCUAGAUUUAAAUAGCUUAUUUAAGACGAUAGAGAGUCAAUGUAUGAGCUUAAAAAGCAACUUGAAAACUUUAAUAUAAAACCAAACUUCUGA